AUGACUUCCGAACUCGAGGACAAGCCAAGAAGUUUAGUUUGGCAAAAACCGUCCGUCGAUCACCCUCACCUUCACCUUCUUCCUCCUCAUCCUUCAUUACCUGCCUACGCCUCCCGCGAAGAGGUCCGAUCAAUCCUCGAGUUCAGAAAAGGCAUCAAAUCUGACCCUUCCGACCUCGUCUUCUUCUCCUGGGUGGCCCCCGCCUCCGUCUGCUAUGACGACUUAUACGACGUCGUCUGCUACACCGCCGCCUCCACCGUGGUUGUCGUCACUCUCGACGGCCUCGGCCUCACCUAUGAACUAAACUUCUGGAUCCCUGCUCGUAGAUCUGUCAUCUCCACUGAUAGAGUUUGUCUAUGGCGGUGUAAGGAGACGAAGGGCGAUCGUGACCUGGGGCAUCGGAGGUGGAUGGGGAAGGGCGAUCCGUCAUCUCCCUGCUCGCGAUUGUCAUCUCCACUGACAGAAAUAAAAUUAAAAAACAUUUUUAGCAAAUGGACAACAAAUCACGGGCAAAAGAAAAGAGAGAAAGUUGAAUUGAUAUGGCAAAGUCACAGUUAA